AGCCAGGGAUGCUUCGUACCGCAAGCCAGCACCAUCAGAAGAUGGGUCCAGUAACCCUGCUGGCCCUAGCUCGGCGCCCUCUUCGCUCUACGAACAGCCGGCGCAGCCACCGCCCUCGUACCCGAAGCAACCGCCCUCGUAUUCGAAGUAGUCGGACAUGGCAGGCUACGGAGUGCAAUACUGCAGUAGUCUUGGCAGAUUACGCACAGUCACAUGGAUAUCUUUUGCUUUUGCUGAAAUAAAUCAUCCUGCUUCUUCGGGAAGAACGACGAGACCAUAUCUCUUCUCAUUUACAUCUCCAAAGAUUCUCGCAUGGCAGUUGAUUUCCUUUUCGUGCUGUUCCCAGCUGUACCCGUUUCCCAGUCGUUCCACGAGGCGCUUCGCCACGCUAGGAGGGAAUCCCAGCGAGACUUCAUCCUCGCUUUCCUUCGUGGAAUCAGCGAGGGCAUUGCGUUCAAAGCGAGAGAAGUCGAAGCUCUUGGCCUGCUCUAUGGCGCUCCGAACCUGCUCUUUGGGGAAGGCGACGGUAAGUGGUCGUGGCUUACCAGCUUGGACGGUCAUCUUCGGGGUAUCGGAGCUUGAAAGGCAACCGCCUCGAGGCCAGGAUCCUUCUGUAGCAAAAUUGCCUGAUCGAAGACCGCGGCGAUAUACUGGCGACUUUCUGGAGGAGAGUCUGAAUCUAGAAACCGACUAUCGCGCUUAUUCACAUCGCCGCGGCCAUCAUCUUAGAUCCUGAUCUUUUCCUCCGUUUAGGGCCGCGGCCAUGCGGUUGUUUUGGAGGGCAUUGAGUCCGUUGUCCUGUCGCUAUUGCGGCCGCAGCGGGCGCGAAGCUUUUCCGCUCACACGUGGGUAGCUCAGGACAGUGGGAUGCAUUUGCGGACAAGCGCGUUGGCCGUAGGCUGCUGUGCUGAAGCCUUUAUUCGCGUGGCUCGUGUUCUUCUGGACAGUAGAGUUGCGCAGAUAAGUUCUAGAAGCUGUCUGCCGAUCUCUGCCCUGCU